UCUGGCCCUGCCUGGGAAGGCUGAGCCUGGCCACCCCAGGAGGGAGGGAAGGGGGGAGUGGCUCACCAUGCCGGCCUGCUGCAGCUGGAAUGACGUUUUCCAGUAUGAGACAAACAAAGUCGCCCGGAUCCAGAGCGUGAAUUAUGGCACCAUUAAGUGGGUCUUGCACGUGAUCGUCUUUUCCUAUGUUGGCUUUGCUUUGGUGAGUGACAAGCUGUACCAGAGGAAGGAGCCUGUCAUCAGCUCUGUGCACACCAAGGUGAAAGGCAUAGCCGAGGUGAAGGAGGUGCUCGUGGAAAACGGGGUGAAGAAGGAGGUGGGGAGCGUCUUCGACACCGCGGACUACACCUUCCCUCUGCAGCGGAACUCGUUCUUCGUGAUGACAAACUUUCUCAAGACAGAAGGCCAGGAGCGGCGGCUGUGUCCCGAGUACCCCACCCGCAGGACGCUCUGUUCCUCUGACCGGGGCUGCAGAAAGGGAUGGAUGGACCCGCAGAGCAAAGGAAUCCAGACGGGAAGGUGUGUCGUGUACAAAGGGAACCAGAAGACCUGUGAAGUCUCUGCCUGGUGCCCCAUCGAGGCGGCGGAAGACGCCCCCUGGCCUGCGCUCUUGGGAAGCGCCGAAAACUUCACCGUGCUCAUCAAGAACAACAUCGACUUCCCUGGCCACAACUACACCACGAGGAACAUCCUGCCAGGCUUAAACAUCUCGUGCACCUUCCACAAGACUCAGAAUCCACAGUGUCCCAUUUUCCGGCUGGGAGAUAUCUUCCGGGAAACAGGAGAUCGUUUUUCAGAUGCAGCGGUUCAGGGAGGGAUCAUGGGCAUUGAGAUCUACUGGGAUUGCAACUUGGACAGGUGGUUCCAUCACUGCCGUCCCAAAUACAGCUUCCGCCGCCUGGAUGACAAGACCGCCAAUGAGUCCUUGUACCCUGGCUACAACUUCAGAUACGCCAAGUACUAUAAAGAAAACAACGUUGAGAAACGGACUCUGAUAAAAGUCUUCGGGAUCCGUUUUGACAUUCUGGUUUUUGGCACUGGAGGAAAAUUUGACAUCAUCCAGCUGAUAGUGUACAUCGGCUCAACCCUCUCCUACUUUGGUUUGGCCACUGUGUGCAUCGACUUUCUCAUCAACACUUACUCCAGCAACUGCUGCCGCUCCCACAUCUAUCCCUGUUGCAAGUGCUGCGAGCCCUGUGCGGCCAACGAGUACUACCACAGGAAGAAGUACGAGUCUCUUGUGGAGCCAAGGCGGACACUAAAGUAUGUGUCCUUUGUGGAUGAACCCCACAUUCGGAUGGUGGACCAGCAGCUACUUGGGAAAAGUCUGCAGGAUGUCCCAGGCCAAAAAAUCCCAAGACCCCCGAGGGACUUCACGGACUUGUCCAAGCUGCCCCUGUCUUUCCUUGACCCACACCCAACUCCCGGACAAGCAGAAGAAAUGCAGCCACUUUGUGAAGGGGAGACUGCUAGAUCCAGGGACUGUCCGGGCUGGUGCCAGUGUGGAAACUGCCUGCCGUCCCAGCUCCCUGCGAGCCACCGCUGCCUGGAGGAGCUGUGCUGCCGGAGAAAGCCAGGGGCCUGCGUCACCACCUCCCAGCUGUUCGGGAAGCUUGUGCUAUCCAAGCCCACCUUGCAGUUCCUCCUGCUCUACCAGGAGCCCCUGCUGGCACUGGAUGCAGAGGCCACCACCAGCCAGCUGCGACACUGCGCCUACAGGUGCUACAUCGCCUGGCGCUUCGGCUCCCAGGACCUGGCUGACUUUGCCAUCCUGCCCAGCUGCUGCCGCUGGAGGAUCCGAAAGGAGUUUCCCAAGAGUGAAGGGCCAUACAGUGGCUUCAAAAGCCCUUACUGACAGCACGGGGCUGCGGAAGUCGCGUUCACGUUCCCUCCGCCAGUGCCCCGACUUCCCCUACAGCAUCUGUCGCCCAACUUUCAGCCAAAGGGAAGUGUUCUCUCCUCUUCUGCAGCUCUAAGCAGCCAGCCCCACCCCAUGUCUAUGGGCUCUGCAUCCACAGACUCAAUCAACCACAUAUUGAAAAUAUUUGGGGGGAAAAAAUUCCAGAAAGUUCCAAACGACAAAACUUGAAUUUGCUGCACGUCGAGUUCUAUGCUGAAUGCACACAAAGUGAAAUUCAGGCACUGUUUUGGGGGGUUUAUAAAGAACCUGGAGCUGACUGAAAGGAUAGGGGAGGAUGUGUGGAGAUGACACACAAAUACUACACUGUUUUAUAGAAAAGACGUGGAUUUUGAAGCUUGAGGGGGCUCCUGGAACCAGCCUCCUGCAGACACCCAAAGACAACUGUACGUGCCAGCACAGCGACUUGGCUGAACCAACCAGAACUGCUCUGCAAGGACUGAGCUAAGAGAUUCAGAUUCCAGUGUCAAUUCUCUCCCCCAGGGAGUGGGUGGACCCCAGGCCUUCAGUGUCUGCAUCGUGGUCUCAUGGUCUCCUCAUUAUCAAAACUGACCACCUCACAGAGAUGCGGCAGGGACUUGAGAUGGUGUCCACACACUGUCUGCUCAUGUAUGAAGACCCACCUGCACACAAAGCAUCUCACCGUGGGGGCAGAGGCCCAGGGGUUCUGUCUCCUCCCCUGGAGCAUGGGCAGCUCUGACUGCCUUGCAUAACUUGAUACUGAGUCCUUUCAGGACUGUUGGCAGCUUUCACUUCCUGCCUUGGGGCAAUCUAACUCUCCUCCCUGCUGGGAGAGAGGAACCCCAGCAGGCAGGCAGAGAGCACAGUGCCCAACCAGCCCCCAGCUUUCCAGUCGCCUCAUCCCAGACAGCAAACAUGGGAGACAGGAAGUCUGCUGACAUGUCACUGAGACUGCCUGAGACACCUCCAAGUGAGACAGACACCUCCUGUCUGCCCAGAGGGCCGAGUGGCCGUCUAAGUCAGUUUGUACGGCAGUGUCACUGAGAGCGAGCCUGAAGCUGAAACCAUUCCUUCUCUGGUUCUAAGGUUCUCUGGGAGCCCCUCAGGGUUUCUAUGGAACAUUCUAGGAGGGCUACAGACCCAACUGGGUAACUCACCAGACCAGCCCUGGACCCUGUCCGCUCUAACCGCUGAGCUACCCAGUGCAUUCCAGGCCUCAGGGCAAGUCUGCGCCUGGAAGUGACUGCUGCCGUUCUAAACCAGCAUGUGCCUUUCCUGUCCUGUGCUCUGCCGCCGGUCAGAACCGGUGUGGUCUGGAUGGAACUCAGAGAGCAGCCCCCACCCAACCCUCCUCCAUGUCUGUGCAUCAACUGCUGAGAAUGUGAGCCUGAAGAGUCGCGGGGCUGAGGGUCCUGCUCCAGGAUCAUCUGCUCAUGGCUUUCUCACUGCGGCCGGCUGUUCAUGUGGCUCUCAACAGCCAGACUAAGACACAGUUUACAGCCCACUGUUCAGUACCGUGGCCAAUGAAGAAUCUGCGAGUUUGUUUUACACAUACUCCAAGAUUUUUUGACACAUUUUAAAAACCAGCAGCUUUCUACCACUGUAUGAAUGCCAGUAAUGAAUAAAAUGUAGAAUAGCAUGAAUAAAAACCUUCUUUUAUUGACCCAAGGUUUUUUCUGGCCUUAAACUCAGGAAUCAAGUUAAUUAUGCCAGAUUGAACUUUCAUUUUUAUUACCUUUUCACAGAUAUUUUUGAAAAGUAGGUUCUAUCUGACUUCUUCAAAACUGUGAUGUUUUUACUCUAAGAAUUCUACGCUGGGGCCGGCGCUGUGGUGUAGUAGGCUAAGCCUCUGCUGCAGUGCCGGCAUUCCCAUAUGGGUGCCAGUUUGUGUCCCAGCUGCUACUCUUCCAAUCCAGCUCCCUGCUAAUAGCCUAGGACUGCAACAGAGGAUGCUUGGGCCCUCACAUCCACGUGGGAGACUCAGAAGAAGCUCCUGGCUCCUGGCUUCAGAUCAAGACCUUUUCCUCUGUCUCUUCCUCUCUCUGUAACUG